UCAGGACGACAGUGCAGUGGAAGACGGCGAAGGACGCCAAUGACGGAUCUGACGAUGGCGGAGAGAAGAAAGAGAGAGAAGAUGUCGUCGGAGAUAGACCGAGACAAUGACAUCGAGUGCGAUUGAUGCCAAUAAUGAUGGUCGGAGGUUUGAACAUGAAAAAUAGAAUCGGUUUGGCGAUAUCCUUUCUCCCUUUUCAAGCCUUUAAGCUAGAUUUAGGUUUUUCAAUUG